AUGGCCUAUAUUAGUAGAUUUUCAAUAAACUAAACAUAAUUAAAUUUCUUUGAUGUACAAUUCGAAAUAACUGAUGAAAGCCAAGAAAUAGAAUUACUUAGUACUAACUUAGUUUAGAUAUUAGCUAGCGUUGGAGGUCUAGCUGGAUCUAUCUUUGUUAUAAUCAAGUUUGUUGUGGACCCAGUUUAAAAUUUCAUCUACUAUUAAACUAUCAUAAAACAGACAUAUUUGGUUGAUUCAACUGUACUUAACAAUAAAUAUUAAGAAGAAAGAGAUAAAAUAUCUGAAAUGAAGCAGCACUUACCAAAAAACUAGUUUGAUUUACAUACAUCAAGUAAGGGUGAGGAGCUAUAAGGGAAGACAUAAUCUUAAAAUAUAAAUACUUUCUUUUUACUUAUUCAAAAGCUUCUUUAGAGAAAUCCUUUCUCAUACUCUCCAAUUUUUGCUUUUGGAACAUAUAUCAAGAGUCUAAUAUUAUGCAGAAAGUACAGUCAUUAGGAAAUCUAUAGAACUGGAAAAGAAAUGAUUGAAAAGUAACUUGAUAUUAGAAUUAUGCUUAGAGACUUGAGAACUUACAAAAUGUCAAAUAAUCUUCUUCUUACCAAAUUCUAAAGAAGGCUUAUCCCAUUCCUAUAGCCCUAUCUUUUGAAUAAAAAACUGGAAAGUAAGGAAAAAAAAGAAGAGGAAAAUAAAAAGUUAAGCAAAGAAGAAGUAAUUAAAAAGUUUUAAAAUGAGAAGCUCUCUAAUUUGAUAGAAUUCUUUGCAAAUUACUAAAAGAAGAGUAAUGAUGUUGAUAAGGUUAUGUUUGAUUAACUAAUGUAAGAUGAAGCUUAAGAUAUUCAUAAUUUAGAAGUUUAGUUAUAUUCUGGGAUACUGAGGCAAUAUGUGGUCAAUAACUUGAAGUAGAUUGAUGAAAAAUCUAUCAUAAAGCCUGCUGAUUCAAAGGUCAAGCCUAAUAAAUCUAUAAUUCACUCUUAAACUUCAAAGGCACUUCAAUUAGGCAAAGGUUCAGAUUAAUUUUAGCAACCAAGAUAAAAUAGUUUAGAUAUAGGACCAAAUGAAAUUGAUGAUAAAAAGUUAUUUUCAAUUAAUGAUAGCAAUUCAUAUAGUAAUAAGAAAGCUUUUGAAAAUAAUGAUAAUUUUGAAAGAAAGAAUGAGGAUAAUAAUAAUGAAUGA